GGAUGAUGAAGCUAAGAUGGCAGCGCUUCUAGGUGUGCUGUCUUUACAGACUCAAGAAAAACACCGGAGACAAGCGCAAAGCACGGACGUCAGCUCGCGCAUGUGACACUUUUCACUUUAUGCAACCGGACUUGAAAGCGCGGUGCGGCUGGAUCGCUUGCAAUCGCGGGAAUAAAGGUUGAAUUUUGAUCCGGGGAAGGGAAAGGAAGGGACGUGUGUUUCGCUGUUGCAGCAGAGCGGCUAAUCGUAAGCGUCGUCGCAUCGCAUGCCCCGAAUUAAUCGGAGUUAUACGGAUGUAAUUUACCAAGCGUCCUCGUGUUUUUGCAGAGCGGCUUUAUGGGAUGUGUUUGGGACUUUUAGCCCUGCUCAUCGACAUUGUAAUCUAAUAUAUGCGUUGUUCUCCUAAACGAUGAUGUGUGCUGCUGCGGCAGCGGGCGCCGGUGGCAGUGGGAUACUGUCGUCCUCCGCAUCCCACUCCAUGGGGCUGGGCGUCAGGGUCAUCCCCGGAGCUGGAAACGAUUUGGCAUCGACCAGGUCAGCCAUGGGCUCCUGUCCCGUUGUCGGGGUUCGCUCGGAUUGUCGGAGCCGCUACCAGCUUCUUCUCUCCGGGCGAGCGCUGGCGGAGAGGUACCGGAGGAUUUACACCACCGCGAUCAGCGACAAAGAGCAGGGGCUGAACGUCGGAAGGGGAAAGAAAGCUUUGAGUAAGAAGAAGCUAAAAAGGUGGCAAAAAGUCAAAUCAAAAGUGAAAACAAGAACAAAGACAGAUAGUCUGGAUGGGGCCUUCCCUGUGCCUGACAUCAAACUCCACAGCAACCCCUCUGCAUUCAACGUCUACUGUAAUGUACGGCAUUGCGUGCUGGACUGGCAGCAGAAGGAGGCCGCGUUGGCCCUGGCCUCCCACAAUUCUGUGCAGAGCGGUGAAUCAGACAGCGAGGAAGAGGAGGAGUGCCGUGAACCAGCCAUCAAACUGCCUAAGAUCAUUGGUAUUGGACUGUGUGGAGUAUUUGAGCUCAUCAAAGAGACGCGUUUUUCGCACCCGUCACUGUGCUUACGGAGCCUUCAGGCCCUUCUGGACAUGCUACAGGGGCAACAGCCUGAGAGCUUUCAGACCGAACCUCCAGAUGUGCUCGAGUCUCUCUUCCACCUUCUGCUGGAGACAACUGUGCGGAGCACAGGGACGAACGACCCCAACAGUCAGACCCUGACAGCUUUAUCCUGUGCCUGCCUCUUCAGCCUGGUGGUGGCCUGGGGAGACACUGGUAAAACCCUCCAGGCUGUAUCUGCUAUCCUCACCAACAAUGGCAGCCAUGCAUGCCAAACCAUCCAGGUUCCGACAAUCCUGAACGCUCUCCAGAGGAGUGUACAGGCGGUGCUGGUGGGAAAGAUCCAGAUCCAGGACUGGUUCGGGAAUGGCAUCAAGCGAGCUGCGCUCAUGAACAAAUGGGUUCUGAAGGAGGUAAACAUCGAUGAAGAUGAACACUGUCUUCUUCAAACAGAUGGAUCCUUCCUCUACCUGCUCUGCAAGGAUGGCCUCUAUAAAGUGGGCUCAGGGUACAGUGGGACUGUCAGGGGCCAUGUGUACAACUCCACAUCACGUAUCAGGAACCGUAAGGAGAACAGGCCAUGGCUGGGAUUCGCACAGGGUUGUUUGCUCUAUCGAGACAUGAACAGUCACAGCAUGGCGGCCAUUAAGAUCAACCCAGAGACUCUGGAGCAGGAGGAUACCAUCACAAUGCCUGGUCUUCAAGCAGAUGGGCAGAACAUCAUAUUCACUGAUGGAGAUUAUAUCAACCAGAUUGCAGCCUGCAAAGAUGAUGGCUUUGUGGUGCGGAUCUACGCCACAAGCGCAGACCCAGCACUACAGCAGGAAUUGCAGCUCAAACUAGCCAGGAAGUGUCUUCAUGCCUGUGGCAUCUCUCUCUUUGACCUGGAGAAAGACCUCCAUAUCAUCAGCACUGGGUUUGAUGAGGAAGCAGCCCUGAUUGGAGCUGGCAGAGAGUUUGCUUUGAUGAGAACGGCAUCUGGGAAGAUCUAUUAUACUGGAAAGUAUCAGAGCCUCGGUAUUAAGCAGGGCGGCCCAUCAGCUGGGAAGUGGGUGGAAUUGCCAGUAACUAAAUCACCCAAGAUUGUGCAGUUCUCUGUGGGCCAUGACGGCUCCCACGCCCUGCUGGUGGCUGAGGACGGGAGUGUCUUCUUCACAGGCUCUGCCAGCAAAGGGGAGGAUGGAGAGUCAACAAAGAGCAGAAGACAACCAAAGCCUUACAAACCCAAGAAGAUAAUCAAACUGGAGACCAAGAUGGCAGUGUACACGGCCUGCAACAAUGGCAGCAGCAGCAUUGUCACUAAAGAUGGAGAGCUCUAUAUGUUUGGCAAGGAUGCCAUUUACAGCGACAGCACCUGUCAAGUAUCGGAUCUGAAGGGGCAUUUUGUAACUCAGGUAGCCAUGGGGAAAGCUCACACCUGUGUCCUGACCAAGAACGGUGAGGUGUGGACAUUUGGAGUGAACAACAAGGGCCAGUGCGGUCGAGAUACUGGAGCCAUGAGCCAGGCAGGCAAAGCGUUUGGGAUAGAGAACAUGGCCACUGCCAUGGAUGAGGACUUGGAGGACGAGCUGGAUGAGAAGGAAGAGAAAUCGAUGAUGUGUCAGCCGGGCAUGCACAAGUGGAAGCUGGACCAGUGUAUGGUGUGCACUGUGUGUGGAGACUGCACUGGGUACGGUGCAAGCUGUGUGAGCAGCGGUCGACCUGACAGAGUGCCAGGAGGGAUUUGUGGCUGUGGCUCUGGCGAGUCUGGCUGUUCAUCGUGUGGCUGCUGUAAGGCUUGUGCCAGAGAGCUGGAUGGUCAAGAGGCCAGACAGAGAGGAAUCUUUGAUGCUGUAAAGGAAAUGAUACCUCUAGACCUGCUCCUAGCUGUGCCUGUCCCUCCCCCCCCAGGCGUUAAUAUAGAGGAGCACAUCCAGAUUCGACAGGAGGAGAAGAGACAACGCAUCAACCGCCGACACCGGCUGGAAGAGGGUCGAGAUGGCAGCAGUGAACGCGGGGACAAGGAUGCCAGUAAGAUCACUACCUAUCCUCCUGGGGCCAUGCGCUUUGACUGUGAGCUGCGAGCCGUACAGGUCAGCUGUGGCUUCCACCACUCCGUGAUUUUAAUGGAGAAUGGAGAUGUUUACACCUUUGGUUAUGGACAGCAUGGACAACUCGGACAUGGAGAUGUUAAUUCUAGGGGGUCUCCCACUCUGGUUCAGGCUCUGUCUGGCCCUAGUACUCAGGUGACAGCUGGCAGUAACCACACUGCAGUGCUUCUCAUGGAUGGGCAAGUCUUCACUUUUGGGAGUUUCUCGAAAGGGCAGUUAGGGCGACCCAUUCUAGACAUGCCCUACUGGAACGCCAAACCCUCUCCAAUGCCCAACGUUGGCGCCAAGUACGGUCGCAAGGCCACUUGGAUUGGAGCCAGUGGAGAUCAGACCUUCCUUAGAAUCGACGAGGCGCUCAUCAACACCCACGUCCUGGCCACAUCUGAGAUUUUUGCCAGCAAACACAUAAUUGGUUUGGUUCCCACAUCUGUAUCAGAGCCUCCUCCCUUCAAAUGCCUUCUGAUCAACAAACUGGAUGGGAGCUGCCGCACCUUCAAUGACUCGGAGCAGGAGGAUCUGCAGGGAUUCGGCCUCUGUUUGGACCCUGUGUAUGAUGUCAUCUGGAGGUUCCUACCAGCUACACGUGAGAUGUGUUGCUAUAACGCAGUGAUUGCAGAUGCCCGUGUGCCCCCUGCCUCAGACAUUCAAGCCCUCUGCAGCAUCCUCAGUCCUGAGCUGGCUCUUCCCUCGGGCUCUCACGCCACCACUACCCGGUCCCAUGGAGCUCUGCACAUCCUGGGUUGUCUUGACACACUGGCUGCUAUGCAGGAGCUAAAGAUGGGUGUGGCCAGUGCUGAGGAAGACACACAAGCUGUGAUGAAGGUCUACUCUAAAGAGGACUACAGUGUGGUCAACCGCUUUGAGAGUCAUGGAGGUGGCUGGGGUUACUCUGCACACUCUGUCGAGGCCAUCCGCUUUUGCGCUGAUGCUGACAUCUUAUUAGGGGGUUUGGGUCUUUUUGGUGGCCGAGGGGAGUACACGGCAAAGAUCAAGCUGUUUGAGCUGGGCCCUGAUGGAGGAGACCAUGAGACCGAUGGAGACCUACUGGCUGAAACCGAUGUUCUGGCCUACGACUGUGCUGCUAGGGAGAAGUAUGCCAUGAUGUUUGAUGAGCCUGUGCUACUUCAGUUGGGCUGGUGGUAUGUGGCGUGGGCUCGUGUGUCUGGACCCAGCAGUGACUGCGGCUCGCACGGCCAGGCAACCAUCACCACUGACGAUAGUGUGGUCUUUCAAUUCAAGAGCUCCAAAAAAUCAAACAAUGGUACUGAUGUGAAUGCUGGACAGAUACCUCAACUACUGUACAGAUUGCCCUCUAAUGAUGGGAAUACAUCCAAAGGAAAGCAGCAGAGCAGUGAGCCUGUGCACAUCCUGAAGCGAUCUUUCGCCAGGACUGUCUCUGUGGAGUGUUUUGAGUCUCUGCUGAGUAUCCUGCACUGGAGCUGGACCACGCUGGUAUUGGGUGUGGAGGAACUCAGAGGACUAAAGGGUUUCCAGUACACGGCCACCCUUCUGGACUUAGAGAGGCUACGCUUUGUGGGCACUUGCUGCCUGCGACUGUUGCGUGUCUACAUCUGCGAGAUCUUCCCCAUUUCUGCCAGCACCAAAGCAGUUGUGGAGGAAUCCAGCAAGCUGGCGGAGUGUGUAGGAAAGACCCGCAGCCUCCUGAAGAAAAUUCUGUCAGAGGGGAUGGACAACUGCCUGACUAAGCUGGACAAUGACCCACAGGGAUAUCUGAGUCAGCCCCUCACGCUGCUGGAGGCCGUGCUGCAAGAGUGCCACAACACCUUCACUACAUGCUUCCACUCAUUCUACCCCACGCCUUCUCUGCAGUGGGCCUGCCUCUGUGAUUUGCUCAACUGCCUUGACCAGGAUAUUCAAGAGGCAAACUUCCGCACAUCGAGCAGUCGUCUGCUGGCUGCAGUGAUGUCAGCACUGUGCAACACAUCAGUCAGGUUGACCUCCAUCUUGCCCAUCGCGUACGACGGGGAGGUGCUGCUGCGCUCCAUCGUCAAGCAGCUCAGCACGGAGAAUGAUUCUGCCCUUGCUUACCGCUUCCCCCUGCUGGUGGCACACAUGGAGAAACUAAGUAAUAUGGAGGAGAAUCUGAUGGGCAUGACGACAUUCCGGGAGGUUCUAGAGAAGAUGCUUGUUAUUGUGGUUCUUCCAGUGAGGAAGACUCUGAGGAAGGAGGUGGAGCUAUUCUCUCCUCAUCUGGUGUCCAACACGUGUGGUCUGCUGGCCAGUAUUGUCAGUGAACUGACCGCCUCUGCUCUCGGCUCUGAGGUGGAUGGGCUGAACUCCCUGCACUCUGUGAAGUCCACCCCCAACCGCUUCACUAAGACCAGCCAGGGCCGGAGCUGGAACACUGGGAACGGAUCCCCAGAUGCCAUCUGCUUCACCAUGGACAGGCCAGGGGUGGUGCUGGUGGGAUUUUGUGUGUAUGGAGGAGGAGGCAUCCACGAGUUCGAGCUGGAGGUGCUCGCUGAUGAUGCUCAGACGGAGCACCCUGGAGAUACCGCCCACUCUCACAGGUGGACGUCUCUGGAGCUGGUCAAAGGCACAUACAGCACAGACGACUCCACCAGUGACAUCGCUGAGAUACGCCUGGACAAAGCUGUUCCUCUCAAGGAGAAUGUGAAAUAUGCUGUCCGUCUGCGUAACUAUGGCAGCCGCACAGCCAAUGGGGAUGGAGGUAUGACCACCGUACAGUGCUCUGAUGGCGUCACCUUCACCUUCAGUACCUGCAGCCUGAGCAGCAAUGGCACUAACCAGACCAGAGGCCAAAUCCCUCAAAUACUCUAUUACAGGAGUGAAUAUGAUGGUGACCUGCAGUCGCAGCUGAUAAGCAAAGCCAACGAAGAGGACAAAAACUGCAGUCGAGCUCUGUCUGUGGUCAGUGUGGUUGUGCGAGCAGCAAAAGACCUUCUCCACAGGGCCUUUGCUGUAGACGGCGAAGACAUCCCAGAACUCCUGAGCUCCUCCAGUCUAUUCUCAAUGCUACUUCCACUCAUUUUGGCAUACAUCGGUCCUGUGGCUUCCUCUUUGCCUAAGGCUGCUGUGGAGGUGUUUGGUUUGGUGCAGGAACUUCUUCCGGCUGUUUCUGCCCUCAACCAAAAAUAUGCCCCUCCCGCCUUCAAUCCCAACCAGUCCACAGACAGCAACACUGGGAACCAGCCAGAGCAGGGCCUAUCAGCUUGCACCACCUCUAGUCAUUAUGCUGUCAUAGAGAGUGAUCACCCAUACAAACAGUCUGGUGUCACUCAGUACAAGGUAUCUUUCCCAGACUGUGUUCGCUGGAUUACAGUUGAAUUUGACCCUCAGUGUGGCACGGCACAGCCAGAGGAUGUUCUACGUCUGCUAAUACCCAGCCGAUCACUGCACUUUUCUGGGCUCGCCUCCAAAGCUCUGUCCCACGAGACCAUCAACAGCUGGACGGAGCUCAAGAAGUUCUUUGGCUCCAGUGGCUGGCCCACCGCCAUCUUGGUGCUGCCAGGUAAUGAAGCGCUCUUCUCCUUGGAAACUGCAUCGGAUUAUGUGAAAGAUGAGAAGGCCUGUUUCUACGGAUUCAAAUGUGUAGCUGUUGGUUAUGAGUUUAACCCUGGUCUUGAUGAGGGUAUUAUUCAGCUUGAGAAGGAACUGGCCUAUUUGGGAAGUGUGUGUGCAGCUGCACUCAUGAAAAAGGAUCUAGCUCUACACAUCGGAAAUGAACUGGAGGAAGAUUUGGAGAUUUUAGAGGAGGCCUCACUCCAGGUGUGUAAAUCCCACUCAGGGCUCCUGGGAAAGGGGCUAGCCCUCUCACACUCACCCAACAUCCUAGAAGCACUGGAGGGCAACCUGCCUCUGCACCUGCAGACCAAUGAACACUCAUUCCUGGAGGACUUCAUCACCUGCGUGCAGAACUCCAGUGGUGGCCGGCUCGCCAGAUGGCUUCAGCCAGACUCCUAUGCUGACCCACAGAAGACCUCUCUCCUCCUGAACAAAGAUGACAUCCGAUGUGGCUGGCCCACUACUGUUGUGGUGCAGACCAAAGAUCAAUAUGGAGAUGUUGUGCAUGUGCCAAACAUGAAGGUUGAAGUAAAGGCUGUUCCUGUAUCUCAGAAGAAGUCCAUCCAGCAGGAGAACAUGAAGAAACUACAGCGUUUGCCUGGCAGCUCCUCUAACUCACUCUCAGGCUCUGACCUGACAUUCGGUGGUCAUCCAGCUCCCAAAUUGGAGGCAACUUAUGAGCCCAUGAUCAUCAAAGAGGCCCGUUACAUCGCCAUCACCAUGAUGAAGGCAUAUGAAAAUUACUCUUUCGAGGAGCUUCGCUUUGCCUCACCCACACCAAAGAGGCCCAGUGAGAACAUGCUCAUCCGGGCCAACACAGAUGGCACCUACAGCGCUAACUGGACCCCUGGUGCUGUUGGACUUUACACCAUUCAUGUGACCAUAGACAGCAUUGAGAUUGAUGCUGGUCUGGAGGUAGAAGUCAAAGACCCACCCAAAGGAAUGAUCCCUCCUGGCACACAGAUGGUUAAACCAAAAACUGAACCUCAACCUAGCAAGGUGCGUAAAUUUGUCGCCAAGGACAGCGCAGGGCUGCGCGUGCGUAGUCACCCUUCCCUGCAGAGUGAACAGAUAGGCAUAGUCCAAGUCAACGGCACCAUCACUUUCAUUGACGAGAUCCACAAUGAUGAUGGUGUCUGGCUCAGACUGAAUGAUGACACAGUAAAGAAGUAUGUUCCCAGCAUGAAUGGCUACACUGAAGCCUGGUGCCUCUCUUUUAACCAGCAUCUGGGCAAAUGCCUCCUGGUCCCCGUUGAUGAGGGCAGGUCAAAUUCAGAUGAUUAUGGGAAGGAGACCAGUGGCCACCCUUCUCAUGAGACCAGCGUCCAUGACCUGGGUGUGGGCCAGGCUGGUGGACCGGGUCUUUAUAAGGUAGUGAAGACCGGACCUUCUGGUCACAACAUCAGAAGCUGCCCAAACCUUAGAGGUAUCCCCAUUGGAAUGUUAGUUCUGGGGAACAAAGUCAAGGCGGUAGGCGAGGUGAUUAACUCGGAGGGCACGUGGGUUCAGCUGGAUAAAAACAGUGUGGUGGAGUUCUGUGAGAGCGACGAGGGGGAGGCCUGGUCUCUGGCCCGAGACAAAGGGGCAAACCAGUACCUACGUCACGAGGAAGAGCAAGUGAUUUCGGAGCAUGGAGCGCAGACCCCUCCUCCGAGCCCAUUCUCGGUUCAGGCAUUUAACAGGGGCAGCUCAGGAGCUCAGGGCUUUGACUACGGCAUCUGCAACAACAAAGGUGACAGGGAAAACAUAUCUAGUCGGCCCAUGUCUCCAGCCAGCAAGCACCGUCAAGAGAGCCGUUCUUCCAAAUCUGAUAGUCACUCGAGCCGAACCGUUGACCAGGUGAAGAGCAAGAACAAUGACAGUCUGUCUGCCAGCGAAGCCCUGAUUCUAAAAUCAGACACAGGCAAACUGCGUUCUGACUCUCACAGCCGCUCCCAUUCCCCUAACCACAACACCUUACAAGCCUUGAAAGCUGAUGGACGAACUUCAGGCCUUAGGGCUGAGUCUCCGAACCCUGGCUCACGUUCGUCCUCACCCAAACAAAAUACCUUCACUUCAGGGAGAUCCAGCCCUUCCAGCAUCAGUUCUCCACGUUCCUCUUCUCCUCAUGAUAAGAACCUGCCCUCUAAAGUUAGUCCUUCUUCUAAAGCUCUCCUGGACCCUCCUCGUGAGAGAUCCAAAUCUGACUCCUAUACGCUGGACCCUGACACUCUAAGAAAGAAGAAAAUGCCUCUCAUGGAGCCUCUGAGGGGCAGGUCUACAUCACCCAAGCCAAAACUCCCACCCAAAGAAGGCAAAGGAGGAAGUGGUAAUGCAGAGAACCGAGCCCCAUCUCCCCAUGUAGUUCAGGAAAACCUUCACAGUGAGGUGUUGGAAGUGUGUAGGUCCAGCGCCUUGCUAUCCAACGAUGAAGCCAAUGAUGAGAAUGCAGAGCGCAAUGCUGAAGAGGGCUCCUCCAAGGUGCACUUCAGUAUUGGAAAAGCCCCAGUCAAGGAGGAGCUUGAGAGUCGUUCUUCACCUAAAGUCAGCCGUAAAUCCUCCAACAGACAUGUAAGACCCAAAAAAGACAAAUCAGGGCCACUCUUUAAGGGUGACAACUUGCGUCCCACUGAACCUGCCAAGCAGGCCAUGUCGCCAUCUGUUGCCGAAUGUGCUCGGGCUGUCUUUGCUGCCUUCCUGUGGCACGAAGGCAUAGUACAUGAUGCCAUGGCAUGUUCCUCCUUUCUGAAGUUCAACCCUGAGAUGACCAAAGAACAUGCACCCAUCCGCAACUCUCUGAGCUGCCAACAGGGCUUCGAUGAGAAGGAGAGCAAACUGAAGAACCGUCACUCACUGGAGAUAUCCUCUGCCCUUAACAUGUUCAACAUAUCACCCCAUGGCCCAGACAUCUCCAAGAUGGGGAGUAUCAACAAGAACAAGGUUCUGUCCAUGUUGAAAGAACCUCCCUUGCCUGAGAAGUGCGAGGAUGGAAAAAGUGAGGCAGUGUCCUACGAGAUGACCAGCCAUUCCUCUAUGCGGUCUAAGUCUAUCUUGCCGCUCACCCUCCAACACCUAGUAGCCUUUUGGGAAGACAUAUCUAUGGCUACCAUUAAAGCAGCUACACAGAACAUGAUCUUCCCCAGUCCAGGUUCCAGUGCAAUCCUUAAAAAGAAAGAGAAUGAAAAGGACAGCAAAAAGACAAAGAAAGAGAAGAAGAAGAAGGAGAAAUCUGAGGUGCGCCCUAGGGGAAACCUCUUUGGGGAGAUGGCGCAGUUAGCUAUGGGAGGCCCAGAGAAGGAUACCAUUUGUGAGUUGUGUGCAGAGUCUCACCCAUAUCCUGUUACAUACCACAUGAGACAGGCCCACCCAGGCUGUGGCCGAUAUGCUGGAGGUCAGGGCUAUAACAGUAUUGGGCACUUCUGUGGAGGCUGGGCUGGUAACUGUGGAGAUGGUGGUAUUGGAGGAAGCACCUGGUACCUGGUGUGUGAUCGUUGUAGAGAGAAGUACCUGAGAGAGAAACAAACAGCUGCAAGGGAAAAGGUUAAGCAGUCAAGGAAGAAACCUCUCCAGGUGAAAACCCCACGGGCUCUGCCCACAAUGGAGGCCCACCAGGUUAUUCGUGCCAAUGCACUGUUCCUGCUAUCUCUGAGCAGUGCCGCUGAGCCUAGCAUGCUUUGUCAUCACCCACCCAAACCCUUCCAAACACAGUUACCCAGUCUAAAGGAGGGAGUGUCUGAGGAACUUCCAAACAAGAUGGGCUGUCUUUAUUUGCAAACCCUAGCUCGCCAGCACACUGAGAACUUUGGGGCAUACCAAGAUGACAACUUGUUUCAGGAUGAGAUGCGUUACCUGCGUUCUACAUCAGUACCUGCUCCCUACAUCUCAGUUACUCCAGAUGCCUGCCCCAAUGUUUUUGAAGAGCCUGGAAGCAACAUGAAGUCCAUGCCCCCAAGUUUGGAGACUAGCCCAAUCACAGACAGUGACACAGCCAAGCGGACAGUGUUCCAGCGUUCAUAUUCAGUGGUGGCCUCAGAGUAUGACAAGCAGCAUUCAGCCUCCCCAGCACGGAUAAAGGCAGUGCCCAGACGGAGGGUACACAGCGGGGAUGCAGAAGUUGGGUCAUCUCUGCUUCGUCACCCUUCUCCUGAGUUGUCUCGACUGAUCUCAGCCCACGGCUCUCUCAGCAAGGGCGAGAGGAACUUCCAGUGGCCUGUGUUGGCAUUUGUAAUCCAACAUCAUGACCUUGAGGGCCUGGAGGUGGCCAUGAAACAUGCACUCCGCAAAUCAGCCUGCAGGGUGUUUGCCAUGGAGGCCUUUAACUGGCUGCUCUGCAACGUGACCCAGACCACCUCCCUCCAUGAUAUCCUGUGGCACUUUGUGGCAUCUCUGACCCCAUCUUUCUUUGAAACAGAAGAAGAGGAGGAUGAGGAGAACAAAGGAAACAAGGAGAACCUUGAGCAGGAGAAGGAUUUGGGUGUCUGUGAACACCCUCUCUCUGACAUAAUCAUCGCUGGAGAGGCAGCUCACCCAUUGCCCCAUACCUUUCACCGUCUGCUCCAGACCAUCUCUGACCUCAUGAUGUCUCUUCCCAGUGGAAGCUCACUUCAGCAGAUGGCCCUUAGGUGUUGGAGCCUCAAAUUCAAACAGUCGGAUCAUCAGUUCCUGCACCAGAGUAACGUGUUCCACCACAUCAACAACAUCCUGUCGAAAUCAGAUGAUGGGGACAGUGAGGAGAGCUUUAACAUCAGUGUACAGUCAGGAUAUGAAGCAAUCAGUCAGGAACUGUGUGUGGUGACCUGUCUGAAAGAUCUGACUAGUGUGGUGGACAUUAAAACAUCCAGCCGACCAGCCAUGAUCGGCAGCCUGACUGAUGGCUCCACUGAGACGUUCUGGGAGUCUGGCGAUGAAGAUAAGAACAAAACUAAGAGCAUCACUAUCAGCUGUGUCAAAGGCAUCAAUGCAUCCUACGUCUCUGUCCAUGUAGACAACUCCCGUGACAUUGGAAAUAAAGUGACGUCAAUGACAUUCCUGUGUGGGAAGGCUGUGGAAGAUCUCAGCAGGAUUAAACAGAUUGACUUGGACUCGAGACACAUGGGCUGGGUAACCAGUGAGCUGCCAGGAGGAGAUCACCAUGUGAUCAAGAUCGAGCUGAAGGGUCCUGAGAACACACUCAGGGUGCGGCAGGUGAAAGUGCUCGGCUGGAAAGAGGGUGAAAGCAUCAAGAUUGCUGGGCAGAUUUCAGCAAGUGUUGCCCAGCAGAAGAACUGUGAGGCUGAGACACUGCGUGUGUUCCGCCUUAUUACCUCGCAGGUAUUUGGAAAACUAAUUUGUGGGGACGCAGAACCAACACCAGAACAAGAGGAGAAAAACUUGCUCUCAUCACCUGAAGGAGAAGACAAGGCUCCAUCUGAUGCAGACUUGAAAGAGCACAUGGUUGGCAUUAUAUUUAGCAGGAGCAAGCUGACCAACCUUCAGAAACAGGUAUGUGCUCAUAUUGUCCAGUCCAUCCGUAUGGAGGCCACACGUGUGCGGGAGGAAUGGGAGCACGCCAUCUCCAGCAAGGAGAACGCAAAUUCUCAGCCCAGUGAUGACGACGCCUCCUCUGAUGCUUACUGCUUUGAGCUGUUGUCUAUGGUGCUGGCCUUAAGUGGAUCUAACGUUGGCCGGCAAUAUCUGGCCCAGCAGCUUACCCUGUUGCAGGACCUCUUUUCCCUGCUUCACACUGCCUCACCACGUGUCCAGAGACAGGUGACAUCAUUGCUCAGACGCGUUCUUCCUGAAGUCACUCCUAUGCGCUUGGCCAGUGUCAUUGGUGUAAAGGCCCUGCCACCGGCGGACAUCAGCGACAUCAUUCACUCCACUGAGAAGGGUGACUGGACCAAGCUUGGCAUUUUAGACAUGUUCCUAGGCUGUAUUGCCAAGGCCCUCACAGUGCAGCUCAAAGCUAAGGGCACCCCUAUAGUGGGCACAGCUGGCAUGGCUGCAGGAAAAGGGGUCACUACAGUCACUCUGCCCAUGAUUUUUAACUCAAGCUACAUACGACGUGGAGAGAGUCACUGGUGGAUGAAGGGCUCCACCCCACCACAGAUCGCUGAGAUCAUCAUUAAACUAGUCAAAGACAUGGCUGCUGGGCAUCUCUCGGAUGCCUGGUCCAGGGUGACUAAGAAUGCAAUAGCUGAGACCAUCAUUGCCCUCACUAAAAUGGAAGAUGAGCACCGUUCUCCUGUGCGCUGCAUCGCCACCACUCGGCUGUGGCUGGCACUGGCCUCGCUGUGUGUGCUGGAUCAAGACCACGUGGACCGAUUAUCCUCAGGCCGUUGGAUGGGUAAAGACGGGCAGCAGAAGCAGAUGCCUAUGUGUGAUAACCAUGAUGACGGGGAGACGGCAGCCAUCAUUCUGUGUAGUGCAUGUGGAAACCUUUGCACUGACUGUGACCGCUUCCUGCAUCUGCACCGGCGCACCCGUACCCACCAGAGACAGGUGUUUAAAGAGGAGGAGGAGGCCAUUAAGGUGGACUUACAUGAAGGCUGUGGCAGAACCAAACUCUUUUGGCUCAUGGCAUUGGCUGACUCUAAGACCAUGAAGGCCAUGGUGGAGUUCCGUGAGCACACAGGUAAACCAGCAUCUAGCAGUUCAGAUGUCUGCCGCUUCUGUGGCACCAGAAAUGGCACAGAGCUGUCAGCUGUAGGAAGUGUGUGUUCAGACCAAGACUGUCAGGAGUAUGCAAAGCUGGCCUGCAGUAAGACUCAUCCGUGUGGUCAUCCAUGUGGAGGGGUCAAAAAUGAAGUGUUGUGUCUUCCCUGCCUGCAUGGCUGUGACAAAACCGCAGCGUGUCUGAAACAGGACGCUGAUGACAUGUGCAUGAUCUGCUUCACUGAGGCUCUCUCUGCUGCCCCAGCAAUCCAGCUGGACUGCAGUCACGUGUUCCAUCUCCAGUGCACACGAAGGGUUCUUGAGAACCGUUGGCUUGGGCCCAGGAUAACGUUCGGCUUCAUGUCUUGCCCUAUUUGCAAGAAAAAAAUAAACCACUCUGUCCUGAAAGACUUGCUGGACCCCAUCAAAGAGCUGUAUGAGGAUGUGAGGAGAAAGGCUUUAAUGAGGCUGGAGUAUGAAGGACUACACAAGAGUGAAGCCAUCACAACGCCUGGAGCUCGAUUCUACAAUGACCCAGCUGCAUUUGCCAUGAACCGAUAUGCUUACUAUGUGUGCUACAAGUGCAAGAAGGCAUACUUUGGGGGAGAAGCUCGCUGUGACGCUGAAGCAGGUCAAGGUGAUGACUAUGAUCCUUGUGAGCUCAUCUGUGGAGCAUGCUCAGAUGUGUCCAGAGCACAGAUGUGCUCUAAACAUGGGACAGAUUUCCUGGAGUAUAAAUGUCGUUACUGUUGCUCUGUGGCUGUCUUCUUCUGCUUCGGGACCACACAUUUCUGCAACGCCUGUCAUGAUGACUUCCAGAGGAUGACCAGUGUCCAAAAAGAAGAGCUGCCUCAUUGUCCAGCUGGACCAAAAGGAAAACAACUAGAAGGAAGUGAGUGUCCGCUGCAUGUGGUACAUCCUCCCACCGGAGAGGAGUUUGCUCUGGGCUGUGGUGUGUGUAGAAACGCCCACACCUUCUAAACUCCAGUGUCCUGUGUGUGUGUGUAUAUAUAUAUAUAUAUAUAUAUAUAUAUAUAUAUAUAUAUAUAUAUAUAUAUAUAUAUACACACACACACACACCACACACACACACACACACACACACACACACACACACAUUCACCGUACUGUGGCAGCUGACAACUCAUCAGCACAGCCUGAGUGUAGAAACACCGGAUGUCCGAUUCUGAGGGGGGGGCAUAUUGCUCCAGAGUGCUCCAGGGUGCAUCCGCUCUCUUUAGACCCUAAGGACUGAAAAAAGAACAAAAUAACAAAAACCUUUGUGACGUGUUUGCAUGCAGCCGUUGUAAUCCUGCGGCUCCCAUAAACAUUGCACACCUGACCACUGAAGUGCAACAAUGUAUAGAGGAGUUUUGAACUGAAUCCAAGACUGUUUAUGGCCACCAUGAAAAAAGGCAAAACACAGGCCAUGAUUUAAUUGUCUUGAAGACAAAACGACGAUUAUACUGUUGUAUGUAAACUGACUAUUUUUUUUCUUAAUCCUGUACAGUAUUCCUUCUCUGUAGAGUGCAUCAUGGUUUGACGGGAUUCAAAUGAUACAAAAGGACUUUCUAAUGUUAUGCUUGGAGGAAAAUAGUGUACGAUUUAUCUAAUCUUGUAUAUAAUGACAUUAACCCUUCAUACGUGUAUUCCAAUGUUGCUAUUCUACACUUCAGUUUCGUUUGAUAUUCUGGGUUAUGUUUUGAGCAAGAACUUUUAAUGAAGUGCAAUACUGGGUGUGCCUCCUCGCAGAUGUAAACAUGUAUGGAAUGUAUGUCAAUAAAGACACUGUACAUUUUUAUACAGUAAUACUCACGCUGUUGUGUUUCCCCUGGAAAGUAUAUCAUUUCUGUAGAACGUUAUAGAGGGGCUUAAUGUCUACAGUGUCUGCCCUUUUGUCUCAAUGACGUGAUGUAAACCCCUUUUUCUGUCAUUUUAAAAACAAAAGGUGAGUAUGUUCUGCGUUUGUAUUGUAAGAUCAUGAUUGUUCGUGGUCAGUUUUCACACCAAAUCAAAGGAGCGUGAGGCUAAACAAUAUAUUAUAAAUUGUGGAUAUUUAGUGGUUGUUUUGGAGGCAUAUAAGAGUGUUUCAGGUUUGAUAAACAGCUGCUGUAAAAAAGAUUAAAAAAUAUUGCAACAUGUGAAUCUGCUUUGAAUUAUUAUCUGUGGAUGGAGCUGAAUGGUUAUAAUAAACCGGUUUCUCUGUUCAGCAAGGUACAUUA